AUGUCAGCUACAGUAGCACAAACCGAUUUCGCUAUAAAUUUAUUGAAAUCUGCAUCAGAACAAACAGCGAUAAUUUCUCCAUUUUCUAUUGGAAUUGCUCUUGCAAUGGUUUAUACUGGCUCCGAUGGUCGAACUAAACAACAAAUGAUGGAUAUCUUGGCCAAAGGUGCAACUGAUCAAGAGCUGCACGAAUAUUUCUCUGAAAUAUUAAGCAAUUUUGCGGGAGAAACGAAGGAUUUUACUUUAACUAUAGCAAAUCGUUUAUAUGUUCAAAAAGGUUUCAACUUAAAAGAUGCUUAUAUUGAAGCGAUUAAGGAGAAGUAUUCUAGUCAGCUUUAUCCAAUAGAUUUCAAGAAAGCUGCCGAAGUUGCUAAGGAAGUGAAUAUAUUCGUUGAAGAGAAAACAAAUUCGAAAAUAAAGGAUUUAUUAAGCACGGACAACAUUAACGAUGAUACUCGCUUAUUGCUUAUCAAUGCAGUUUAUUUUAAAGGUUUAUGGCUAAAAAAUUUCAAUCCGAAACGAACACUUAUGAAAUCUUUCUAUAUUAGCGAAACAAAACAAAAUCAGGUUUCUAUGAUGCAUGCGGAAGACGAAUUUGAUUACACUGAAGAUGAUGACGUUCAAGUUCUCGGUAUACCGUAUAAAGAUUUCAAAUCUAUGAUGUAUAUUUUUUUACCAAAACAAAAAUUUGCUUUAUCCGAAAUGGAAAAAGAUGUAAAUGGCCAAUGGAUCCUUGAACAUAUAAAUAAUUGCAUUUCUACCAAAGUUAAUGUGGAAAUUCCAAAGUUCAAAUUGGAGAAAAAAUUCGAACUUGUUGAUGCGCUCUGUAAAAUGGGAAUGGUUGAUGCAUUUGAGAUGAACGCAGAUUUUUCUAAAAUCAGUGAUGCUCCUCUUUUUAUUUCGGAUGUGAUCCAUAAAGUUCUUCUCGAAGUUUGA